AUGCAAAUGCCAAAACUUCAUCCAUCUUAUUUUGAACUUAAUCUUGAAUUAAUCCAUCCAUGUAAUCAAGCUCAUGUUGAUUUUCUUCCCGAUAGACCUUAUGCAUUAGUGCUUAUACGUGCACCAUCUGAUGUACAACUUAUGGCAGAUUUAAAACUGAAUGGUAAAGAGAUAGAAGGUGCUGAUCGUGUCAUAUUCGAUAGACAAAAACAAAUCUAUUGCUGCUAUUUUGCUCCAAGUAAUAUUGGUAAAUAUAAGAUAACAGUUUACGGAAAACGAGGCCAUUCACAAAAUGGCGUGCAUAGAUCAGCUCUUGAAUUAAUCAUGAAUGUCAAAAACAUUCCAGUAUCUCAUAUAUCUUAUCCGUACACAUGGCCAUGUUUCCAUGACCUCGAUCUAAAAGUAAUAGCACCAAAAUAUUCUGCAAAUGCUGUUUGGAAUGAUGAUACUUCGUAUGCAGAAGUUCUUAUGGAAGCACCAGAUGAUGUUCAGCUGUCAUGUGACAUUCAAUAUAAUGACGUUAUAAUUGAAAAUGGAUCAUUAGCACAAUUUAAUAAUGAGAAAAAACUUUGGCAACUUUUAUUUGCACCUGAACGUAUAGGUCAAUAUGAACUAAUCGUGUAUGGCAAACGAACUAGUGGUAAUGAAUCGUCCAGUAUGCCAGUCGUUAUGUUCAAUCUUGAUGUUACUGAACUUCGACAUCCAAUGAAGUUUCCUACAACUUAUACUCCAUUUGAAAGAACAAAAUGUCAAAUCUAUACACCUUUAGAUGGUAUUUUGAAGAAAGGAUCAGUUGUACCGAUUCAUUGUGUGAUUCCUAAUGCACUAGACGUUAGAUUAGAUGUUGAUUUUAAGCGGAUCGCAAAUGAAGGUUAUGCAGAUUCAAUUUUACAAAGACAAAUCACUGUUGGUUCAAAAGAAAUAAUUAUUUAUGCUAAAUAUGAACAGGAAUCAGACUAUACGCGUCUCGCAAAAUAUACUGUUGAAUGA